CCUGGACACAAGUGAGCAAGCGCUGCUGGAGGCCAGCCGCACCGUCAGCCGGAGCGAGCCCGACCUCUCCUCCAUCACCCCCAACACCGAGAAGGCGACGGAGAGCACCACCAUCACGAUCGAUGUCCCCGACUCCGCUGUGGUACAGAUUAGCAACAAGACAGACGGUGAAGCCAGCCCCUUAAAGGAGGCCGAGACCAAAGAGGACGAGGACGAGAUGGAGAAGAAGAAGAGGAAGAAGGAGAAAAGCGAGACUGGCAAAGCAAUGGUGCCGCACAGCUCCAUGUUCAUCUUCAGCACCACCAACCCGGUGCGGAGGGCUUGUCACUACAUCGUGAACCUGCGCUACUUUGAGAUGUGCAUCCUCCUCGUGAUCGCCGCCAGCAGCAUCGCCCUCGCGGCGGAGGAUCCCGUCCUCACCAACUCUGACCGUAACAAAGUCCUGAGGUAUUUCGACUAUGUCUUCACUGGCGUCUUCACCUUCGAGAUGGUUAUCAAGAUGAUCGAUCAGGGCUUGAUCCUGCAGGACGGUUCCUACUUCCGAGAUCUCUGGAACAUCCUGGAUUUUAUCGUAGUGGUGGGAGCGCUGGUGGCUUUCGCCUUGGCGAAUGCUUUGGGGACCAACAAGGGCCGGGAUAUCAAGACCAUCAAGUCUCUCCGUGUGCUACGGGUCUUGAGGCCCCUGAAAACCAUCAAGCGACUGCCCAAGCUGAAGGCCGUCUUUGACUGCGUCGUGACUUCCCUCAAGAACGUCUUCAACAUCCUCAUAGUCUACAAGCUCUUCAUGUUCAUCUUUGCUGUCAUUGCCGUCCAGCUCUUCAAGGGGAAGUUUUUCUACUGCACUGACAGCUCUAAGGACACGGAGAAGGACUGCAUAGGGAACUACGUGGACCAUGAGAAGAACAAGAUGGAGGUGAAGUGCCGCGAGUGGAAACGCCAUGAGUUUCACUAUGACAAUAUCAUCUGGGCUUUGCUGACCCUGUUCACAGUCUCCACUGGCGAGGGUUGGCCCCAGGUGCUGCAGCAUUCGGUGGACGUGACGGAGGAGGACCGUGGGCCCAGUCGGAGCAACCGCAUGGAGAUGUCCAUUUUUUAUGUCGUCUAUUUUGUGGUCUUCCCUUUCUUCUUCGUCAACAUUUUUGUGGCUCUCAUCAUCAUUACGUUCCAAGAGCAAGGAGACAAAAUGAUGGAGGAGUGCAGUCUGGAGAAGAACGAGAGAGCCUGUAUUGACUUUGCCAUCAGCGCCAAGCCCCUCACGCGGUACAUGCCCCAGAACCGGCACACCUUCCAGUACCGGGUCUGGCACUUUGUGGUCUCCCCAUCCUUCGAGUACACCAUCAUGGCCAUGAUAGCAUUGAACACUGUGGUGCUGAUGAUGAAGUACUACUCUGCUCCGUACACCUAUGAGCUGGCCCUGAAGUACCUGAACAUCGCGUUCACCAUGGUGUUCUCCUUGGAGUGCGUCCUCAAGAUCAUCGCUUUCGGCUUCCUGAAUUAUUUUCGGGACACCUGGAACAUCUUUGACUUCAUCACCGUCAUCGGCAGCAUUACGGAGAUCAUCCUGACAGAUACCAAGCUGGUGAACACCAGCAGCUUCAACAUGAGCUUCCUGAAGCUCUUCCGGGCUGCUCGGCUCAUCAAGCUGCUGCGCCAGGGUUACACCAUCCGCAUCCUGCUCUGGACGUUCGUGCAGUCCUUCAAGGCUCUCCCCUACGUCUGCCUCUUGAUUGCCAUGCUUUUCUUCAUCUACGCGAUCAUUGGGAUGCAGGUUUUUGGCAAUAUCAAACUAGAUGAGGAAAGCCACAUUAACCGGCACAACAACUUCCGCAGCUUCCUGGGCUCCCUCAUGCUUCUCUUCAGGAGUGCCACGGGAGAGGCAUGGCAGGAGAUCAAGCUGUCCUGCCUGGAGGGCAAAGGCUGCGAGCCAGACACGACGGCGACGUCCGGGCAGAAUGAGAACGAGCGUUGUGGCACCGACCUGGCCUAUGUCUACUUUGUCUCCUUCAUCUUUUUCUGCUCUUUCCUGAUGCUCAACCUGUUCGUGGCGGUCAUCAUGGACAAUUUUGAAUACCUGACUCGGGAUUCCUCCAUCCUGGGACCUCACCAUCUAGAUGAGUUUGUCCGGAUCUGGGCAGAGUAUGACAGAGCAGCGUGUGGCCGAAUCCAUUACACUGAGAUGUAUGAAAUGCUGACUCUUAUGUCACCACCGCUAGGCCUCGGCAAGAGAUGUCCUUCCAAAGUGGCCUAUAAGAGACUGGUGCUGAUGAACAUGCCCGUGGCCGAGGACAUGACGGUCCAUUUUACCUCCACCUUGAUGGCGCUGAUACGCACGGCCUUGGACAUCAAAAUUGCCAAAGGUGGUGCAGAUUGGCAGCAGUUAGACUCCGAGCUUCAAAAGGAGAUCCUGACCAUUUGGCCUCACCUGUCCCAGAAGAUGCUUGACCUGUUGGUACCCAUGCCAAAAACUUCUGACCUGACUGUUGGCAAAAUAUAUGCAGCCAUGAUGAUCAUGGAUUACUACAAGCAGAGCAAAGCGAAGAAGCAGCGGCAGCAGCUGGAGGAGCAGAAAAACGCCCCCAUGUUCCAGCGCAUGGAGCCGUCCUCCUUGCCGCAGGAAAUCAUCUCGAACGCGAAGGCUCUGCCUUACCUCCAGCAGGACACCCUCUCGGGCCUGAGCAGCCGAAGUGGGUUCCCCUCGCUGAGCCCGCUUUCGCCCCAGGAGAUCUUCCAGCUGGCGUGCAUGGAUCCGGCCCACGGGCAGUUCCAGGAGCACCAGUCUCUGGAGCCAGAGGUUAGGGAGUUUCAAAGAGUGCAGCCCUCUAACCGUGGCAGCUACCUUCCCGUGGACACUCAGGACCACGCUGUCUCUGGGAGGGCCUCCUCCAUGCCUCGUCUCACUGUGGAUCCCCAGGUGGUGACGGACACCAGCUCGAUGCGGCGAUCGUUUUCCACCAUCCGGGACAAGCGCACCAACAGCUCCUGGCUGGAUGAGUUCUCCAUGGAGCGCAGCAGCGACAACACCUACAAGUCCCGCCGGCGCAGCUACCACUCCUCGCUCCAGCUCUCCGCCCGGCGCCUCAACGCCGACUCGGGCCACCGGUCCGACGGGCAUCGCUCGGGUGGCAGGGAGCGGGGGCGAUCCAAAGAGCGCAAGCACUUGCUGUCCCCCGACAUCUCCCGCUGCAACUCGGAGGAGAGGAGUCCCCAGGCGCACGACGAGUCGCCGGAGCGGCGGCGCGAGUCCCGGUCACCCAGCGAGGGCAGGUCGCAGACACCCAACAGGCAG